GUCCCAUUGUUUCCCUUCAUAAACCCUGGGCUGCAUUCGAAUAAUGAAAGUGGUGUGAAAAUAACAAGGCCUUUCUUGUCCAGUAAGGAUGGUCCUUCACACGCUGGUGCAAUCCCCCCUGAGCUUGUUAAGGCAUCCCCCUUCACAGAUCUUGUAUUGGGGCACACCCUUCCAAAUUGCAGGGGUUGGGAAGGGCACUUUGAAUGACCUGAUGGAAAUAUAUACCCAGGCUGUGAACAAAGUCCAGCAAACACAUGCUGGCCUGUUAAAGCAGAUGACAGCUUACAGUGAUGGCUUGAUGAGUGGGAAGACCUCUGUGAAGAAAUUCUCCUUGCUGCAGGAAUUCUGCACUUUGAGCGUCCAGCUGGAUAGAUUUUCGAGAUUCCUGGGAGCUCAAAAGGACAUAGUGAAGCAUGUCUGCCUGGAUGAAAAGGGUCUCCCAGAAAUGUUCAGUGGUCUUCUAAUAUGUCAGAAGAUCAAGGAUUUUGUUAGUCCCUGGCAGACAGACAGCAAGGAGCAGAAAAUAGUCCAGAGGUACGCUGGAGUGAAUGCAGGCAGGAUUGCAGAUGACAGUUGGAAAAACAUCCAUGGGAUCCAUCACAAGGUCCUGAAAGAUUUACAUUCUCAGGGUAUUAUUCUGUACCUGAGUCAGCUUCCAGAGCCGAUAGUGAUCUUGAACAUUGAGGUGUUUGCAGCAGUGAUGAACAAGGCACUCAACUGUAGCACUCCUGUUCCCAUGUCAACCCCUGUGCUAUAUUUGCCAGAUGGGCAGAAGGUUUAUACCUGUCAAAAUUUGAAGGAGGCAGUUACCAGUAUUGAUUCUGCAAUUGAUGAUAAAAACUUCCAGAUACUGUACAAGAUGAUUGAUGACCUGGGGAUUCUCCAACAGGCGAAAAGUUUCCGCACCAGCCUCACCCCAGAAGAUUGGACAUAUCUUUUCUUCAAUUGUCGGACUGUCCAACAGCCCAGCAUUCCACUGGAAGAUUUCAAUUGUCCUCCCAAUGCACCAGUCAUCAAGAAGACACAAACCUAUACGUACCCUGCCGGGUUCCACAGGGAUCUUUUGCCGGCCAUUUUUGCAGCAUGUGAACAGUUUGUUUCACCUGAAAUUGUUUGGGCACAAGGAUUUUUGUGUCGGCAUGAUGGAAUCGAAGUCAUGGUCAAUGAAACUAUUACUGGUGUGGGCACAGGUAUGAUUACCCUCUCUGGACAAAGCUACAGACCAGAGGAUGAAAGGGCAAAGGCUGAGAUGGAAAGAAGCAUCUUGUUAGAGAUGUAUAUCUAUGGCAUGGUCAUUGACUCAGUGCUGGGAGAGACGCAGACUCUAGCUUUUCGACAAGGUGACCUGUCUGAGCUGCUGGACAUAAAGGUGGACCCUUGCCUAUGCCAGGAACAUGUGUGGAGCCGGCCAGAUGGGACAUACCCUUGGGACUACAAGGUGACCGUGUGCUCCCGGUGUAACAACUGCUCAGAUAAGGGGAAAACAUGUCCAUGGAACGGCAUAAAGGAGAGGAGACUCAGUUCUGGAGAGGUGUGGGCAUCGUCUCUCAAACAGCUGGACUCUGGUCAGGAAACCUGUCACCUGGGCACAGAGUGGCACCUCCCGGUCAUGUUUGAAAACUUGGAGGAAUGUGGAUGUGACACAGAAAUCCGUGCUUGUCGUCGCUGUGGACUGUGCAGACAUUGUGCUUACGUUUUAGGCACUAUUCAUGCGAGGGUGGACCCUGGCUAUGGGUCUCUGAUGAAUAAUCUUGUGACACACGAAGCAGCGAUGACCACCUACCAUUGUGAAUACCCUCUAGAUGGCACUGUCCAUCAGAUAGUCAAUAUUUCUGCCAUGAAAUACUUGAACCAAGACUUUCAGGGCAUUGUUUUGCUGACUAGUUUUCUUCAAGACGAAGAAUUGAAGUUGUUGAUUGGGGAGGGUGGGGCAGUGACACUGAUGGUAGGGCAGCAGGCUGAGUAUCCAGCAGCUUCCUACGGUCUGCUCCGUUCUCUAGAGAAAGGAGAUGUUUUGUCUCUGAAAGUAGCUGUGUACCCUGGAUCCAUGGAGCGUUUUGACCAAAAUGGAGUGACAAAGUUGAUAGAUGAAGAUGCAUCUGUUGUGCAGCUGCCAAUGUAUCUCCAAGUGAUUCUGAAUGGCGUCUGCCUGAAUACGUACAUGAUUCCUAAUCUGGAGUGGUACCCCACACUGGUCGCCCAGGGGCAGCAGGCAGGGGAGUUCAGGGGCUGGAACUUUGAAUGUCCAACAAUGCCCUUGGUCAUCAGGUCCAGUUUUCCUGGGGGGAGUGUGCCUACACUGACUGCUCUUGAUGAAGAAGAAGACUGCUACGUCUACAACUGCUCUGUUGAUGAAUCGCCCAGAGGAACUGUUGUUUCCUUCAGAAAAGAAGAAGACCCAUUUUUGUCCUACUGCAUUAUCAAGAUGCCACUGGCUGGACUAGACCCUGCCAAUUUUAUGGAAGUAGAAUUCCAAGAUGUGGACAUUUGUGGGAAGUUCUAUAUGGGACCUAUCUGGUUUUCUGAUGCAGAGGUGGAGGCCAUGGAUUUUAGAGAGACUGUGUCCUAUGUUCUGUCAGUUUGGGACGAUGAGAAAUUGAAGAGGAGCUUGGACUGUGGGGACAGAGUGUCUGUGGUCGUUGACAUGGAAAGUGUCCAGAAUGUCAGCGCAGAGAAUGCAGAGGUUCGUGUCACCUGGGAGCUGCCGGCAGGAAGAACCCUUGUGACAACUCUACCACUGUACAACCAAUCAGAGUCUGGGGUCAAAGGUCAGGUCCAUAUGGCCAUUUUGUUUCAGAAGAAUCCAGAAUUUCCUUCACCUAAAGGGCCCACUGUCAAAGUCACUAAGUUUGGAAAUCUGGAUUAUAACCUUCUGCCUGCCCCCGUAAAAACACUGUCUUGCAGAAGAGUUGACCCAGGAGACAGGACUGAAAUAGCUCUCACCUACAGUUCUGGUACAAUGACAGCCAAUGACACCCCACAUGGCACAUGGCUUCUACUCCCAGAACUAACUGAAGCAGUUCUGAAGAAGGUUACCUUGAAGAAACUUCUGGAAUUUGGGAAUCUGACGGCCAUGUUGGCAUGUCAAAAUACCAGGCCAGCUUGGAUACACCCGCGAGGCUACCCGCGAUAUCCAGCUCAUUUUCAUUUGAUUGACAUGGCUCCCCAGAAGGUAAAGACCAGUGCUGAGGCAGUGCUGAUGUUUGAGAAUAUGCUGAUGAACAGAAUUUACAGAGGCCUCGCCCAGAGAAAAGUCUCAUUGCCCCUGUUAGAUUCAACAAACCCACAAGAGCGGGAAAAGAUAGAGUAUCUUUUCCAAGAAAGAUAUCUCUCCUUUUGUGCUGCCAUCUGCAGGCAUGUUUGGAAAGGAGGCUUCACGUCGGAGAGGCAAGCUGCAGUGCCAUGGAUCAAGGAAUUAAGUGAGACCUAUGGAGACCUGCAAGCUGGUUUGAUGGAAAAUCACAACCAUGGUUGCAGGGAGAUUCAUGACAAACCAGACGAAGUUAAGGGUCCUCAUGUCAGCUUGAAGCAAGGGGAAAAUCUGGAAAAGUUCAAAUUUGAUAAAAACCGAGGCACCGAAUAUGCUGUUGCUGUUGUUUUGCAAAAAACAGAUACAGACCUAGAGAAGAUUCCUGUACAAAGUGAAGAUCUGUCCACGCUGUACCUUACCUGUGGUCAGCCAUCGUGGUUUGAGCCGUCCACAUACUCUGACGGCAAUCUGGAAUUGACUACUCAGCUCCCAGCGACGUGGAAGAUGAAAAAUCUCGGCAAAUUUUGUGUCAAUGGCCUCAUCACAACAAGCCAGAAUGUUUCAUCUAUGGAGUGUAAAAACUUGACAGUGGUGGAUGUCUCUGAGUCUCUAGUAGAGACUUUGCCAGACUUCAGAGUUCUGCCUAAAGUGAGGGAGGUCAAUGCAUCUCAUAGUAUGGUGACCAUUCAGUCUCUGACCAGUUGUCAUAUUGAUCAGCUGAAAUAUCUGGUCAGCCUGUCAUUGGAUGAACUGUUACUGGACUCUUUGCCAAGGAGCUUUGGACAACUGAAGACACUUCAGUAUCUGUCCAUUAAAGGUAUCCCCUGGCUGCGUGGGGACGAGGACCCACAGUGUGGCCAGGCAGAGACAUCUGGACUCUCAAAUUCUGUGGCUAAAGUUGCUGCCCGUACAUCCUGCAUUGUAAUCAUACCUGGAAAUGAGAACAUGUGCCCGAGUUGUGCCUCGUGUCACUUUUCAUGCUAG